AGCGCGAGCCGGCGCCUCACCGCCACUCCGCGCGCUGCUGCUGCGGGAAGCCGCUCUGGGCUGGGAUUAGCAGCCGCCCCCUCUCCGCUCUCUUCCUCUCCCUCCUGCCUCCUCUCUCUGCGCGGCGGCGGCGGCGGAGACCAAUGCCUCGGAGACAGUGGUUGGAGCAGUGUUGUACCAAGAGCAAGAAGGCAUGGAGCGACCUGUAGCCAUCAGUGGUAAAAAAUCGAAUGCAGCUGAAAAGAGGCACCUUUCCUAGGAGACCACAAGGAUCGUUAUUGUUCAGGAUUUCAAAGAGCCAUCAUUUAUCUUUGUGGACACAAGUGAAUGGACAAUGGUGCCCCAACCAUCUGUUCAAGCUGUUUGAAAGAGAGGCUUCUGUACAAAUGGCAUAAAAGAACAGUCAAGCAUCAAAUAUCACAACUGACGUGUGAAUUCAAGACUCCGCUAAACUCUCCUCCCUUUUAAGCCUUGACUCAAACUAAGAUGGAAAACUGACAAACGGGAAUGUAGCACAAUUUGUUCCUUCUGAAGACUGAGAUCACUGCACACACCAAGAGCUCCUGUUACGAUUUUUGUGACCCAAAUUGUAAUUCUCAGGACUGGCAUUAUCAUCUGUGACACAUGUGAAAGCAUAAGUAUUUCUCUGCAACCUGUCUCUAACAUAACUAUAUGUGUUAGAUGCCUUUGGGACUCUCUUUACAUCAGCCAUGAAAGGAUUAUCUAGCAGCCGCAGUCAUCAUCAUGGGGUUACCUGUGACCCUACAUGUGACAGUCUGCCACAUCACCCAGACAGGAAGCCAUAUUUAUUAAAUCCAGUGGACCCUCACCCUGCAGAUCAUCCUUAUUAUACUCAAAGGAACUCUUUUCAGGCAGAAUGCAUGGUGCCCUAUAAUGACCAGCUUGCUAGCAGCACAUUUCCUCGGAGGCAUUAUAGCUCUAACCAUGAACUGAAAGAUGAGUGUGCUCUUGUUCCCCAUGGAACUUCCAAUAAAACUAACCGCAUCCCUGCCAAUCUUUUGGACCAGUUUGAAAGGCAGUUGCCUCUUAAUCGAGAUGGCUACCAUACCUUACAGUACAAACGAACUGCCGUGGAACAUCGGAGUGAUAGCCCCGGGAGGAUCCGCCACUUGGUUCAUUCUGUUCAAAAGCUCUUCACAAAGUCUCAUUCUCUUGAGGGACCAUCUAAGGGAAGUGUCAAUGGUGGCAAAGCAAGCCCAGAAGAGACACAGACGAUGAGGUAUGGGAAGCGUAGCAAGAGUAAAGAAAGGAGACCAGAAGGGAAGCCCAGGUCCAAUGCAUCUGGGUGGUGGAGUUCAGAUGACAAUUUGGACAAUGAUGUUUGUGUUUAUCAUGGUCCCAGUGGGGUUAUGACUAUGGGAAGAUGCCCUGAUCGUUCCUCUUCCCAGUACUUUAUGGAAGCCUAUAACACUAUUAGUGAACAUACUGUGAAGUCAUCCAGAAGCAAUAAUGAUGUCAAAUGCUCUACCUGUGCAAACCUGCCUGUGAAUUUGGACUCACAGCUAAUGAAGAAAAGCUCUUGGUCCUCUACGCUAACAGUGAGCAGAGCUCGUGAGGUUUACCAGAAAGCUUCAGUUAAUAUGGAUCAAACAGUGAUGAAGUCAGAGACAUGUCAACAGGAACGGUCUUGUCAAUACCUCCAGGUUCCUCAGGAUGAAUGGACUGGGUACACUCCACGAGGCAAAGAUGAUAAGAUUCCAUGCCGGCGAAUGCGCAGUGGUAGUUACAUUAAAGCCAUGGGAGAUGAUGACAGUGGGGACUCAGACACCAGCCCAAAGCCAUCUCCAAAGAUUGCAGCACGAAGGGAGAGCUAUCUCAAGGCUACCCAGCCAUCACUUACAGAACUCACCACCCUCAAGAUAUCCAGUGAACAUUCUCCAAAGCUUCAGAUCCGGAGCCACAGUUACCUGAGGGCUGUGAGUGAAGUCUCUAUCAAUAGGAGUUUGGACAGUCUAGACCCUGCAGGUCUGCUUACUUCUCCCAAAUUCCGUUCCCGGAAUGAGAGCUACAUGAGAGCCAUGAGUACCAUCAGUCAGGUGAGUGAGAUGGAAGUAAAUGGUCAAUUUGAAUCAGUCUGUGAAUCGGUGUUCAGUGAACUAGAAUCUCAGGCAGUGGAGGCCCUGGAUCUGCCAAUGCCAGGCUGUUUCCGCAUGAGGAGCCACAGCUAUGUGAGAGCAAUCGAGAAGGGCUGUUCCCAGGAUGAUGAAUGUGUGUCGCUAAGGUCCGCAUCUCCUCCACGCACAACCACUACUGUGAGGACCAUCCAGAGCAGUACCGUGUCAUCCUGUAUUACUACCUAUAAGAAGACACCACCUCCAGUUCCACCAAGAACAACCACCAAACCUUUUAUUUCCAUCACUGCUCAAAGCAGCACAGAGUCUGCCCAAGAUGCAUAUAUGGACGGGCAGGGACAAAGGGGAGAUAUCAUCAGUCAGUCUGGACUUAGCAACUCUACAGAGAGCUUGGACAGCAUGAAGGCAUUAACUGCUGCUAUUGAGGCAGCUAAUGCACAGAUCCAUGGCCCAGCUAGCCAACAUGUAGGUAACAAUACUGCCACUGUCACCACAACCACCACCAUAGCCACUGUUGCUGUAGAAGACAGAAAGAAGGACCACUUCAAGAAAAACAGAUGUUUAUCCAUUGGAAUACAGGUGGAUGGCGCUGAAGAAUCCACCAGACUGGGUGAAAAUAAAGCAACCAGUAAGUUCCAAUCCAUAGGUGUUCAAGUAGAGGAGGAGAAGUGCUUCCGCAGGUUUACGCGAUCUAAUAGUGUAACAGCAGCUGUGCAAGCAGAUCUGGAUUUCCAUGAGAACUUUGAAAUAUCACUGGAUCCUCAAGAGGACACUUUGUACACUGGGCAAAUAUCAAGACAGUUUUCCCGAGAUGCAAGCACCUCCACCGUUAGCAUACAGGGGUCAGGGAACCAUUAUCAUGCAUGUGCGGUGGAUGAUGACUUUGAUACAGAUUUUGACCCUUCAAUUUUACCUCCUCCUGACCCUUGGAUUGAUUCUAUAACUGAAGAUCCUCUGGAGGCUGUUCAAAGGUCAGUGUGUCACAGAGAUGGACACUGGUUUCUGAAGCUUCUUCAGGCAGAGAGAGAUCGCAUGGAAGGCUGGUGCCAACAGAUGGAAAGAGAAGAACGGGAAAACAACUUGCCUGAGGACAUUCUAGGGAAGAUUCGAACUGCAGUGGGCAGCGCCCAACUUCUCAUGGCCCAGAAAUUUUACCAGUUCAGAGAACUGUGUGAAGAAAACCUGAAUCCUAAUGCACAUCCAAGGCCGACCUCCCAGGAUUUAGCAGGGUUUUGGGAUAUGCUGCAGUUGUCCAUAGAAAAUAUUAGUAUGAAAUUUGAUGAACUUCAUCAGUUAAAGGCCAAUAAUUGGAAACAGAUGGAUCCUCAUGACAAGAAGGAGAGAAGGGUCCCUCCUCCAGUGCCAAAGAAGCCAACGAAAGGCCAGGUGCCACUUAUACGGGAACGCUCUCUGGAGAGCUCACAGCGUCAAGAGGCCCGGAAACGGCUGAUGGCUGCCAAGCGAGCUGCAUCUGUCCGUCAGAACUCAGCCACUGAGAGCGCCGAAAGCAUUGAGAUUUACAUCCCCGAAGCCCAGACCAGGCUAUGAAGGGAUCCUACCAGGAGGACUCUCACUGGCAAGACAAGUCUCCUGUAUAAUCUGCCCCUCUAGGUCCCCGCUCAAAGCCACCAUUAAGUAUUUGUAUUUUCCUCUCUCUCUCUUCCCCCCUUCUCCCCCACACUCCUCUGUACACAAUCCCAAUGAAUUCCACUUUUGUGGUGUAGUUGUCAAUCUUCCAAGAGAUGUCCUCUAAUAACCCUUGCUUUUUAAAGGUUUGCCCAUAUCAUCAUAAUGCUUGGUCACAUGUACUGACGCUACCAUCUUGCCUCACGUAAAAGGUACAAUCCUUUUUUCAGUUUAAUAAAAUAAAAACACCACAUUCACACACAUACACACAACUGUAUAGUAGAUGUUCCAUUUAACUCAUUCACGAUCUUUAGUUUAUCUAAAGCUAGUCUGUUACCUAGUGUACAGCAAUAUAAAACUAUAGGGUAUUUUGGAAAUCCAGUAAUGCAGGGUGAUCCUUUUGGACUCUGCUGUCUUCCUCAUAAAAGAUGGAAAGGAGCUAUGACUUAGAUUCCCUUCUUUUUAUUAGUAUUCUUUUUUAAAGCAGAUGGCGCACUUUAUUCUGAACCUCCAUAUCACAGCUUCUCACCUGACCUUCUCACCUGUAAUGGUCACAAGGGGGUGGGGAAACAGCUGUGUUGAGGUGAAAGGAAGGGGGGGGUAAGAUAGUAGGGAUAGGAAAGACCUUAUGGAAAGAAAACUGAACUCACAACUGCACGCUCACAGCUGCACAAACUGCCUCAUUUUUAUUUCCUCAAUCACUACUUACACAUUUGAUCAGCAGAAGAUAGUAAAUUCAAUCUUCCAGGGAAAUAAAUCUAUUUUGAAAGGCAAUAAAAAGGUGAAAAGAAAUGGUCAAAGAGAACAUAAAAAAGAUGAAGGAUUUUUUUUUGGUCCAAGAAUUAAGAAUUAAAUAUACACAUACACACACCUGUACCAUAUUGUCAAUUCCUAUUGUAUUGCAUUGAAUGGAUUAUAUUGGUUUAAAAAAAAAGGAAAAAGAAAAAAAGCUUGGUUUUGUUACCGUCUUAAUCUUGGUGAGACUAUCCAAUUUCACACAGAUGCACACAGACACCUGUUACUGAAACAUUGUAAAUGGAACCCAUGAUACUUUUCAAAGCAAAGUUUUGUUUGUUUUAUAUGCAGCUGGUUGUACGCUACAGGUUAGACUGCUUACCAUCAAACGGUUCAUACCUAGGAGUAAGUUUCUACUUCAGUCUCUUAAUACUACCCUGUUUUUUAAAAGCAAGGAUUUUUCACAAGUUGUGGGACCAUAACAAGUCUAUGUUUUUUCACUACAGGGCUAAAAGGCUAACUUUCCUACACUAGCUUUUCCUGUCAUUUUGAAAUCAUGACUACUUUACAUUCCCAAGUUUUCAGCAGUUCAUUUAAUACUUAGGGUAAAAUCUUGCCCAUGCUGCUAGGAGGUGUCUGCCAUGUAUAAGUGACAAUAGCCAUUGUGCCAUUAUAGGGCAAGAUGUCUCAGGCAUAGCACUGGAAAAAAAAAAGCAAUGCAGCUCCUUGCUUGGCACAUGCACUAGAAGGCAACACUAGUUGGCUGCAGCAAUCUGACCAUGCCCUAUAAUUAGCACACCAUGCACUCCGGGGACUGAUGCGUGUCAGAAGGUAACAGCAUUUUCCCUACAUAAGUGUUGUCUGCAGGAUGAGGGAUGAAUCCUCCCUUGCCAAUUCCUCUUACAAUCUCUUCUUCCACUGGGGCACCCAUGUAGCAUGGGCAGAACGUGGCCCUUACUAUGAGACACAUGUACAUAAGGAAGGAAACUAGAAAUGGUCUGGUGACGAAGUCCACUGAUUGAGGGAUGAUGUGUACUUUGUACCACACCAGAGUUGGUCUUAAAUGCCCUAAUUCUUUAAACAGUUUGAACAUUCCAACUGUGACAAUCCCACUGCAUGGUCAACAUAAUUGUGUAGCUCACAUUUAAAAGAUACCAUCAGAAAGUUAAGCUGUUUCCAAUUCGUACAUCAAAGAUCACGCCAGACAGCUUUGAAUAUAACAUUAUGGCCAGGUGCUACUUUAAUUUUAUUCAAGAAAUUAGGAGAGGUAAUAGGUUCUAGCACCAAAUCUGUUUUCAUGAAAACAUUCUAAAACCACUUUAGAAUUGCUACCUCUCAAAGCCAUUGAUAUCUGAGCUAUGUCUUUAUAAACAGGGCACAAAUAUUUACUGCUGUGGUUUAUAAAAUAAGGGCUAAUCAUUUAAUAUUUAAAAGACUUUUAACUAGAAUAAUCAGAAAUCCAAUGUAACCCAAGAAUGCUUCAUGUGAAGGGGGCUUUAAAAGGUUUGACCCUAGAAGCAUUUGAAGACCAGUAUAUUUGAUAGUUUUGAAAGAACACACUUCAUUUAACUUUUAGCAGCAGCGAAAGAUCAGUGUUUGCAGUACGUAUGGUGCCAACUGCCACUUUUGACCAUGUAAUCAUGUUAAGAAUUAAAUAUUAUUUGGAACUCAUUUGUAUUAAGAGAUACAAAGCAGCAUCCCAGUGAGGGUCCACAGUCACAUAUAUGUUUUGGUUGAUUUAUGAAAGAAGAGUUAAGACUUUGGUUGACAAGUGGCAAGAGAAAUUUAUUUAAAGAUUAUGCUGUAGUUAGUUCCAAAAAAACAAAAACAAAAAAAAGGCAGAAAACUGAAGACUUGUUAGUCUUGCACAUGAUAAAUCAUUGUAUUUGUAUAACAUAGGAUAUUUUUUGUAAGUAUUUUAAAUGAAUCUAUUCUUAGUGAAAUGCCUGUUAGUUCAUAUUGACUGUGGACAGGGCAUUAUAACAUUUUCCUAGCUUUCCAGCACUGAAAAGUAUGUUCAGCCUUGAAACUGGUUAAUAUAUGACUAUACUUCCACCCCCAGACUGCCACUGGUUAACCACUUGACUCCUUACUUACCACUAUGAAUAUACUUUUUCUAUAAUUUAUUUUAGUGUAAUUUGUAACUAUUUGUUCUUGGUCUAAUCUGCCCAAUGUAAUCUAAAAAAGUAUUAUUUUCUGUUGAUCUUUGGUACAAAAACCGUUGCUUUUUCCCUCUUUGGGAAAAUUGACAAAAAAAAGUUGUUUUUGUUUCCGGCUUCAAAAGUUAAAAGAAAAGUAUUUAUUAUAUUUUUUGCAGAUGUUUCCAUAAAAUUAUCAUAAUCUUUUUGUAAAGAAAGAUGAAGAAAUGGAUUAAAGAUUUUUAAUAAUUGAAAAGGUAAAUAGAAAUAAUUUAUUUGUAAUAUAUCUCCGUUUAUUUAUUGGUGUUUCCCUUAAUGUUUUGGUGUGCACUAUCACUUUAAUUUACAAUUUAUCUUUGUGACUUGACAGUUUCUUUAAAAAAAAAAUUAAACACAUUUUAAAUAACUGGAAUGUACAUCACCGGCCUACCUAUAUUCCCAAAUGAGAUUUUUAAAAUGUUUUCGGUUGGGGUGGGGGGAAGGGAAAUAAGGUACAAAUUUGAAUGCCUUUAGACUGAGGGGUAGAGCACAUUUUUAUGGCUUUAUGAAUUGGGUUCAUAGGAUUAUCUAUCUAGUUUGUGUGUGGACAGAAAAAUGUAAAUAGAUGAAUGUUUCCCAUAAUGUAAAAAAAUAAAAAAAUAAAAUAAAAAAAGCAAAUUAAUAAAAUAAUUAAUGCACUGCU